ACACACCCGGAACUUCGUACACACACAGAGCGCACAGUCGCCUGGGGUGAGCCCUGUCCUUUUGCGUUUUACAUAACAACAACAAGACUACGUGCUGGGUGUCCACAGUGUCUUGAGACCGCGGAGCUGCAAUGGAUGAGCGGGCGGAGCUCCAGAAUUUCUCGGGGAACAGCGAGUCCAACACCGACCCCGACCUGUACGGAGCGCGGGAAGACUGGUACGGGACCACCACCAACCCGGAAGUGAACAACGCGAAAAACAAGCCCUACGACGGCAAGUCGGUGAAGGAGAUGCUCAGAGAGCUGACGCUGGACGAUCUGAUGAAGAAAGACCAGGACAAUAUCUUGGAGAAGGACAGUGACAUGAUGUGGUUUCACGGGAAGAUCACCCGUGAUCUAGCCUCGCACGUUUUAAACCAAGCGGGCAUGAUCGAGGGACAGUUCCUGGUGAGAGAAAGCGUGACCGCCCCCGGGGACUUCGUGCUGUCCACGGUAAACAAGGGACAAGUUUUCCACUUCCAGAUCCAGAGCCCGGGAAACCUACAGUUCAGCAUAGACGAUGGACCAGCCUUCCAGGGGCUCGACCAGUUUAUCCAGCACUACCGGAAAGGAAAGCACGGCCUGCCCACCAAGUUAGUGGAGCCGUGCAAAGGGACCCCUCCCGCGGACGCCAGGCGCUAUGGCCCCGACACCCUGCUGCAUCUGGCUGCGGCCGAGGGCGACGUCAUGUCCGUACAGGCAAUCCUGGGUCACUCCCUUUGCCCUGAAAUUAAUGCCAGGAACAGCAGCGGGCGAGCGGCGCUUCACGAGGCGGCGUUCUUGGGUCACGAUGAGGUGGUGAUGGACCUGAUCCAGGCGGGCGCACACGUCAAGUGUCGGGACGGGAACGGAGCCACCGCCUUACAGCUGGCGUGUGCAGGGAACAGGACCAACACCUGCCGUAUCCUAAUCCAGCAGGCUGGGGCUGAGCCCCAGGACCAGUGCACCACCACCGGGUACGUGCCGCUACACGAGGCCGCAGCACGCGGGCAUGUGGAAUGUGUCAAGCUCCUACUCCAGCUGAAUGCGCCCUGUCACCCCAGAAACCACAACAACGAGACACCCAUGGAUCUGGCCAGGCGCUACGGCCAUGCAGAAGUUGUAGAGAUAUUAGAGAGUUACAAGCCCCUCAUACCGAUGACAUCCACCAAGGAAUGGUUGCACUCCGACAUGGAUAGAAAGGGGGCUACUGAGGCUCUGAAGAAGUUCAGCAACAAGGAUGGCUGUUUCCUGAUCCGAGUCAGUAAGAAGACUGCUGGGGCGUAUGUGCUGACAAUGUCCGCAACCAAAACAACAUACAACUUUGAAAUCAAGCAGAAGGAUAACCAGUGGUACUACAUAGAUGACGGGCCCCUGCUGGAUUCGUUAGAGCACCUUGUGGAGUACUACCGGGGUCGGGCGGACGGUCUGCCGGGGAAGCUGGUCACCCCCAUCUCUGCCCAGGACGUGCUGGACCCGUCCCCACACCACCUCCCUGUGGCCAGGAGAGACAGCGACUACACCAGACGAUGGUCCAUUGGUGAUCCUGACAUGCCACCACCUGGUCCCCUGCCUCCCAAACCUGUCAAGUGGCCCUCCAGCCAGCCUCCUGGGCCAGAUGUGGAAGCUCACAUUGACCUGAAGAUGACCACGGGCUGCAGCAUGGACGAGGAGCCGCCACCACAGGAAGCACCGCCCCCUCCUGGCCCGCGCAGGGAACUGCAGCCUAAAAAGAAGCCGGUGCCGAUCCCGAGUGAUGCUUCACCACCACCCCUGCAGCCCAAACCCCGCCCGCCCGCUUGCUCGGAGGAGGGUCCUGACAAGACACAGAAACUCAUUCCCAGGGAGUCCCUACAGCUGGGCCGCGAGCUGGGACAGGGAGAGUUUGGUUCUGUACUGAUGGGUGUAUGGACAAAUCCUGACGGCAGGGAGAUUCCAGUGGCGCUGAAGACCCUGCGAGGAGAACACAUCCAACACGGUGAGCAGGAGUUCCUGCGGGAGGCCAGGGUCAUGAUGGGGCUGGACCACUUCUGUAUCGUGCAGCUCAUCGGAGUCUGUCUGGGGCCGCCCAUGAUGAUGGUGCAGGAGUUAGUGUCUAUGGGGUCAGUGCUGGACUAUCUGCUGGACUAUCCACAGAAAGUGUCCCUGCCUGACCUGAAGCUGUGGUCAGCUCAGAUUGCCAGUGGUAUGAUGUAUCUGGAGGAGAAGAGAUUUGUCCACCGUGAUCUGGCAGCUCGUAACAUUCUGCUGGCCUCCAAAGAUCAAUUGAAGAUCAGUGAUUUUGGCCUGUCCCGGGCAGUUGGUGCAGGGAGUGACUACUACAAGGCCUCUGCUGGAGGAAGGUGGCCUGUCAAAUGGUAUGCUCCUGAGUCUAUCAACUAUGGGACCUUCUCCCAUGCCAGCGAUGUGUGGAGCUAUGGGGUGACGUUAUGGGAGAUGUUUUCUUAUGGACAGCAACCCUACGGUGACAUGACAGGGGCUCAGGUUAUCCAGUUCAUAGAAGAGGAAGGAAAGCGACUGUCCAAGCCGGACAAGUGUCCAGAGAAGGUGUACCAGAUCAUGUUGAGGUGCUGGUCCUACGAGCCAAGCCAGCGUCCGACUUUCCAGAUGCUGAACACCAUCUUCAGUGCAGACCCAGAGUACGGCACCCACCAAAUCAGACACAAAUAGAGAAUCAUUCUUACCAAGUUGUGUGAAAGUCAAACUGCCAAGAACAGAGAUAAGGCCACACCAAUUUAAUUUGUUGGUUCUUGGAUUUGCCUCUCAUUUUUUUCUGAUUUGCGAAAAAAGAUUCUAAACAAACUAAAAAUGCUCAUGUUUGCCCCCAACAGAUAAGGAAAAACCUUUUCUUUCCACUUGCUACAAUUUUUCCAUCCACCUAUGCAGUGGUUUGAUUAAAAGUUCAAUAUUCAUUGUUGAAUUAACCCAGCCGUUUGUGUUGACUUCAUGGCUCUUAUCAUAGCACUUGGGGCUAUAAUAGGAUACCCCUGUUGCUUAUUUUUUAUGAAAAAAUCUGAGAACCAACAAAUUAAAUUGGUGUGGCCUAAAUGCACUGUGUAUCAAAUUGCAACCUCAGACCUCUGUAUAGUGUUUAAAUCUGUUGUCAAUAAUCAUGCAAAUAAGGCUGAAAGUACUAGUAACAAAUCUAUGUAAAGUGAAGGUCUCCACUACCCAAAUUUUUGUCUUUUCAAGACCUAGCCACAUACCAAAUCCAUCAAUAGCUUCCUAAGUUAUGCUGACCAAUGAAUUCAUGGAGGUAAAUAUUACUAUUUACUCUUAACAUUCUCCUUACCAUAUUGGUAAUGUUAAAAGCAUCAUGUAAUGUUAGUUGUGUUGGUGAUUUGACAAAGCAUAUCUUAUUGAAUCUUUUUUGAUUUUGUUUUAUCCUUCCAAGAACAAUUUAACACAUAGCAUUUCUCAGGUCUUCAAUUUCAAACCUUUAAUGUCUUGUAUACUUCAAGUGGAUCUCGUUUCUUCUACACAUUCUUGCAAUAUUCUUCAAAUCAAAGGAAAGAUUUUUUAGGAAUUAGCAAAUGAUAGUAUUUCAUGAAGAAGUAUUUCAUAGACAGGGCUGUGUGCAUGUGAUAUGAGUUGAUGGGGCUUAUUCAUGCUAGUGAUAUUAGUAGUGUUUUAGAUGUAAAGGUGUAUACAUGGAAUAGGACAACUGGGCUUUACCAUUUCCUUGCAUACCUUUAUACUGAGGUUGUUUAUUAGCAUGUCUAUCAAAACACAUGCCUAUUAUUACAGUCCUUAUAUUAAUAUGGAAAUGGACUUAUCAGGGUUAAUAUCAGUAUUACUUUGUCUUGUUGAAUAUGAUUUGAAAAUAUUUUAUGACCAAGUAUACAGCAUAAUGUUAUAUAUACAGAAUAUAUAUUAUAUAUAUAUGAUUUAUUUACAUGUAUAUGAAAAUGGAACAUUUAUUAUAUACUAUUGUUUUUUGGCAUUUGGUGGCCUUUAUCAACUUUAUUAGAAGUCGCCUAUUGUAUCCCAAGAAGAAUACAUUUAGUCGAAUCACUGAUCUAAAUCAACAUACAACUUCAUUGUGACGUCUUUUAUUAUCAUGAUCUAUUCCUGUGGUGGUCACAAAUUAAUAAAAAUGAUAACCUACUUUAUAAUCAUGUUCUCUGUUCUUUUUGUGGUCUGUAUCGAAACUUGAUUUCUA